CGACAAGCCCCGGGCACCUACAGGAAGAUACGAAACAUGCAACGGCCGAGUUCGCAAGGAGUAACACCCCUACGACGGUUCGGACGAGCCGUGAAUGAGCGGGAUGGCACACCCAUCAAUCAACCCCGCAGAUAUCUUAUCGGCCGGCCGGCCUGAUGUCAAAGGCCGUUAUCGGCCGGGUUCUACCCACACGGAGAAUAUAACGAUCCUCAAUGAUUCUUAAUCAUAUAGGGGAGCAGCAAGCUAAUCGGGCGUGGUAAUUGUGGAAAUCGGCACGAGUCUUGACUACCGUGACAGCAAUCUUUGGUACACGAUCUAAUCAUCUUUCGCUCUCUCUUUUUCUCACACAUCAGAAUGCCGCGUCUCAUCAAGGUUGCCGCCGCCCAAAUCGGCGCGGUCCACCGGACCACCCCUCGAUCGGAGACUAUGCAGCGGAUGCUCCGCCUGCUGGACUCUGCCGCUUCCAUGGGGGCCCAGAUCAUCGUGUUCCCGGAAACCGCAUUCACCACCUUCUUCCCUCGCUACCUGUUCGAGGACCAGGAGGAGAUGGAGUCGUACUUCGAGGACGACGCCGGCGGCAGCUCCAUCGCCGAGUCCAAGAACGUCAAGCCGCUGUUCGACCGGGCACGCGAGCUGGGCGUUGACAUCUGGGUCGGCUACGGCGAGCGCACGCCCGAGGGCCGGCACUUCAACACGGCCGUGUACUACUCUGGCCGGUCGGGCGAGGUGCUCAACAAGUACCGCAAGACCCACGUCCCGGGCUUUGUUGACCCGCCCUUCCCCGGCGCCGAGGUGCACCUGGAGAAGCGGUACUUUGAGACCGGCGACCUGGGUUUCCCGGCCUUCCGCGUGCCCGGCCUGAUCCCGGACACCCUGAAGGAGGGCACGACGGAGACGGACACGCAGGGGAAGGGCGACCCCAUCAUCGGCGCUCUGAUCUGCAACGACCGCCGGUGGCCCGAGUCCUGGCGGCCGUAUGGGCUCCAGGGAGCGGAGCUGGUGCUUGUCGGGUUCAACACCAACGGCAAGGCCGACGACAUCUACAAGCCCGGCAAGCCCAUCUCGCUCGAGGAGGCGCGGGAGGAGGCGCUGCACCACCACCGGCUGGUGAUGCAGUACAACUCCUACGCCAACAGCUGCUUCUCUAUCUCGUCGGGGCGGUGCGGGAUGGACGACGGCAAGUUCGACUUGAUCGGUGGCAGCAGCAUCGUCGACUCGGACGGGCAUAUCAUUGCCGAGGCGAAGACGACGGACGAUGAGGUUGUCUUUGCGGAGAUUGACCUGGAGGAGUGUCAGAAGGGGAAGAAGGAUAUCUUCAACUUUGCUGUCAACCGCCAACCCCAGGCAUACGGCAUGAUUACUGCCCAGAAGGGAAUUGUUGAGCCCAAGUUGCUUUCGUCUUAGUUAUAGAACGAAUGCUAUUGGCGAAUAUUAUUUCGUUUCGGUCCAUAUUCGUUCUUUAUUAGUAAAUCAUGGACUUUUCUUUUUUGUGGCUGUAAAACAGUCGACAGGCAUGCAGGGAAGUGAAGCU